AUGCCUGAAUCUGCAGGGGGUGCAGCGAGAGAGAGGAGAGCUCGGCGUGAUGGGCCAGUGGCGGCCCUGCACUCGGCUGUUCUGGGCGAAGAAGUUCUUCCCUAUUCGUCCGCCGGCCGACCGGUGUUCAGUGGGCACCAGAACGACCUGCACUCGGAGCUGGACGCGUGCUUCACUCCGAGCGUGGAGUACGUCCUGCCCGGCUCCGAAGGCAGCGGCAUCUACGCCUGGUGCGCGGAAGGCGGCAAGCUGACCAAGAUUCUCAAGGGGCACUCGUCCGCGGUGGGCAGGGUACUGCUGGUCGGCCCCAAGUACGAGGUCAUGGCGAGCGUGCGCACGCACACGGCGCUGUGGAUGGACGCGGGUUUGGAACCGGGGCAGCAGGCAGUGGGUAUUCAUCCGGGGGGUGGUGUCUCUUUGUCGCUAGGUGCACUGCACUACGCCUUCGGCUGUCCAAUAGUAGUCUUGUUGUCAACUCCCAGAGAACACCAUGUAAUAACUUGGCGUGAGUGUUGUUGGAUCAGCUCGCAUGCUCUAAAUUCGUUAUCGCGCAUGGAGAAUUCCUUGCAUUCUCGUUUUCUCUCUCUGUUUUCCCGGAAGCUGCUGUAUGGUAGCUCGGAGAAAUUGUGGAGCCUUUUGCUCCCGGGUCCAACGCGUCUUGCACAAAUCUCACGUACGUAUGUACAUAGUGAAUUCGGUCGUGUGAUAUGCAAUGCUGUAGUCUGCAUAGAAUAUCACGAGCGCCUCACGGAAGGUAGAAUUGUGUGA